AUGUCGGUAGUGAAAUCCAAGCCGUCGCUGCUCAAGCUGAGGCGAGGCAAGCGAGCAGGCGACACUGAGGUGCAAGUGGUUGAGGUCAAGAUGGAGGAUGGAGACCUAACGGUUAUGGCCGAGCCCAAGAGUGGAUCCAAGGCAUCCAAGUGCGCUAAGAGCCUCAGCAAUGCCGCCAAACUCCCCCAACUACAUCGCCAGAAACCCCACCCAUCACCGCCUGGUCCAGUUCGAUCCACUCAGUCACCGCCAAGCCCAACUACCCAGACGACCCCUCCGCUGACAUGCAACACCAACUACUUUCCGACGAAACGAAGCCCGCUUUCAAACAGCUCGUCGCCCACAUCUCCCUCGCAUGCCGCCAGUCGGCCACCGCUCAAACCCCGUAGUACCAGCGACUCACGACGUUUGUCUAACGCCCUUCGAGACGAUUCCUCCCAAACGGCACUUUCCAGCCACACUGCAGCAUCCUCAACUCUGUCAAGGUCCCAACCCAUAAACUCAAACUACGCUAAUAACGGUGGCCACAUCCACCAGUCCAACUCUCCAACAAAAACGCAUAAUAACCAACACCCGCAACCCUUGCAUCUCCCCCCAACUCCGCCCCUUGCACACUCCGACACAAAAGCAGCAGCGUCCAUGGGCAAGUUGAAGCUCACGUCGUCCGCGGGAUUUUUCCUGCCCGAACCAAAGCCCUUCGAAAACGACCACGACGGAUACCACAGCCACGAUGACAACAACGACCACGACCACGUGCUGACCCCAGUCACCUCGCAGGACCAGGACCCGGACCUGUCGCUGGAGACUGCGCUGACUCCCGACACCCCCAGUAGCUCGCCCGAUGAGCCCGGCAAACGCGAAAUCUCCCGUCUGGCGUCCAUGGUUUACCACAUCAAGUCCCUCCGUAACCAGCAGCUGUACGGCUCUGCAGAAGCCGCAGCACAGCGAAACCACGAGGCGCGUCACUUUUCAUACGACUACGACCCAGAGGGAUCUUCCAAGGAACGUUACCAGCAGCGAAAGCACAUUCCCCCAUCUGUUUGGGCCGCCGCUACAAGAGUUAAGGCCACUCUGGAAGUUUACCACCACGCUGUUUCUGUCGCACAAAAGCACGUGGACAGAGAGUUUCCAGAAGUCCAUCUCGGAUACAACCCGUUACAGGUGCGUCGAAACCGAAAACUGAGAAAAGGAAGCCACCACAAGCCCUCGCUGAACAUCAACUGUGACACGGUGCCCCUGGCUUCGUCUGUCUUUUCAAAACACGCACGAGACUCCAAGGACUACAAAUACCCCUGGGAAGUGGACGUGCCGGAGCUUCUUUCGGACAUCGGAUGGAGAGCUCAGAACAAACGACACAUGGUUGACGGCCAGGGCAACUACGUCUAUCCUAUGGCCCAGCAUAGACAGCAUGACCGACGAAAGAGCUGGGUGAGAAUCGCCACUCCUCUAGGACGGUCCCAGGAGUGUGUCGACACCUUCUCUUCCGAAGAGGAACUUCGAAGAGACCAAUCCGAUGGCUCUAACAAGCUGCCUUCUCUGGCCAAGCUGUCGGACAACGAGAAAGAAAAAGAAAAAAGCCACAGAAACCUGGGUCUUGGGGCGGGCAUCUCUGCCGGGCCCUUUUCCUUUUCUGCAGGCGUUGGAAGCAUGGGAAUGGCUUCUCAUCCCAAGCUGGAAUCUCCCUCAAAGUCUCUUGUGAGCGUCAACCGAGUGAACUCCUCCUCUCCGGAGAUUCAGGUGACCCUGGCCACCCCCACUCCUCCUUCUGUGCAUCUUGAGUCUUCUGAAAAUGACAGUCCUCACGACCACGAGUCUUCAGAGAGCUCUGUUGAAGGAGGCCCUGAGCUGUCCAAGCUGCUGUCCAUUUCUCGGCCCGCCAGCAAGGUGCCCUCUUCGGCCAGUCUCCGAGCCCCUGCUCUUUCCAUCGUGACCCACAAUCCCGAGGUGUCCAAGACCUCUCUGGUCACUGCCGACCAAGGGUCGCAGCUCUCCCUCCAUUCGGCCCACUAUGACGAUGGUUUCAACGAGCAUCUUACUGAGCUUCAGUAUCUUGAAACCUGCUUCAUGCUGGGUCAUUUGCAUAUGGCUUCCUCUGCAUACGGUACUAAGCCUCCUCCCUCUAAUGCCGAGUUUGUCCGAGAAGUGACCGACAUUAUGGAAGAGGGCUUUUUCCAGUUAACUAACAUAUACCUGCCAAAGGUUGGCGAACAGUAUGACGCUGUUGGUAGUGAGGUCGAUGCCCUCAAGCUCGAGCUUUCCGACAAGAAGGACCCCCUUCUAGACUAUCUGCUGUACGAAGCAGAACAUCUGGUCACCGAGGUGAGUACCACACUCAAUCUGGAGACCCGAAAGACUUCCGAGCGUCUCAAGCAAAUUGAGUGCUGUGGAGCUGCUCGGGACCAGGUCUGGUGUGUGUGCUACUUUCUUCUGGAGUGGUUCGUCGUCCUUGUCAUGUGGUUCAUUUGGGGCAUUGUCACUGCUGCUCGCAGCGUCAAAAACACGUUCGUCAUGUUCUACAUUACCAUCAAGUGGUUAUUGUGGAUGUAA